ACAUAUAUAUAUACAAAUCAAGCGAAAAUAAUGUCAAACAAAUCAAUGGCAUGCAGCAGCGGCAGCAGCAGCUGUAGCAUGUUGCUGCUGUUGCUGCUAUUGCUGCCGGCAAUGCCAAACGCUGCUGCAGCAAAGGCUGCACGACGCGCCCGGAUAACAGCCAAUGGCAGCAGCAGCAGCGGCAGCAACAACAAUAGUCUCAACGAGCCGUUGACAGAGGCCCAACAGGCAAUAACAGCAGCCGCAACAAAAUUGAAAACAUCCACAGACAGCAGCAGCAGCAGCAACAACAACAACAACAAUGCAGACAGCAAAUAUGAGAUACGCGGCGUGGCUGGUGAACCAAAUUACAAAUCGGUGAAUCUGACCUGGGAAGUUGAGUUCGUGACGCCGGCCCAUGACACAGAUACCCAUACGAAUGCCAAUACCAAUACUAAUACGGAUACGAAUACGAAUCCGAAUACAAUUACCAAUCCGAGUGGCAUUGUGAAUGCGAAUGGCGUGACAAAUAUGAGCGGCAUUGUCGAACCACCCAAAGCCUUUCAGAUCUUCUACUGUGAAAUGCAGAACUAUGGACCGCAGCGCUGUCGCGUCAAGCUGGUGAAUGCCACAGCCGCCGAGCUGCCCACAUCUAGCGAGGAAUCUGUGGACGCUCAAGUUCAUCACUUUCGAGCAGCCGUUGAUAAUCUGCGCAUGGCCACGCGAUAUAGCUUUCAUAUACGUCCCGUGCAGCCGCGACGCCUGCGCAGCAGCAGCGCACGCUCCGAAUUUCAUGGCGAGAAUGAGAUUGAGGGAGCGAGCGCCGCUGCCACUCACCUACCUGGCCAGAGCAUCAUUAUACCCACCAAGGGCUUCUCGGCCCAUGCCACACAGUGUCUGGCGCCUGCUUCCGAAAUCGAGGUGGAAACGGGUCCUUACUUCGGCGGUCGCAUUGUGGUCGAUGGCGGCGAUUGUGGCAUUAAGGGCAAUGCCAACGAUCCAGCCGAAAAGUAUACGAUGCGCAUCGAUCACAAGCAAUGCGGCAGCAUGGUGAAACCGGAGACGAACACCGUGGAGACCUUCAUUACGGUCCAAGAGAAUCUGGGCAUCUUCACACACAGCACGAGGCGCUUUGUCGUCGUCUGCAGCUACCAGUCGGGCAUGCAGACGGUGCGCGCCAGUUUUACAGUGCCUGGCAAGCACGGCGUGGCAGCUGCCAUUGAGCCCAACGAUCCCUUUCAGCCGGAUGAUGAGCGGUUGGGUCGCGAGCUGCGUCACAUGCGAUUCGUGAACAAAAGCGAGCUGGUGUUGAAAGAACCUGAGCCGGAGUCUGAGGAGCAGCCCGCUUUGGUGGUAGAAACACAGCCGCCAGAGCAGCAACAGGAGCAGCAAGAGCAACCGCAGCAGCAGCAGCAGCAGCAGCAGCAGCAGAAGCAACCUUUGUUAAUUGCCAGUCGAUUGCAGGGACGCGCUCUUAGCCUGGCAAGUCUCAAUGAGCUAAACAACUUGGCCAAGUCGCCGGACGAGGAGCAGCUGCUGGCCAGCAAGUAUGCCAAGCUGGUUGAGGAACGGACCAAGGCGGAUGCUAAUGAUGUUUAUGCUGAUGCUGAUGAUGAUGAGUACUAUGCCGCCUCGCUGCGUUAUAUAAGCGCCAAUCUAGGCAGCGUGCUGGUAACUGUUUCCAUAUCUGUGAUAAUCAUCAGCAUUUGCCUCGUUCUGCUGCAGCGACAGCGAUUGCCCAACAACAGCAACAACAACUGCAGCGGCAGCAGCAGCAGCAACAGCAACAAGUCGCAUUUGACUUCCUUCGGUUGCCCCGUUGCCCAUCUGCCGCACAAGACGCUGCCCCGUGCUCUGCAGCAGCAAUAUCAGUGCACCUUGUAGAGCCCACCUCGCGUUCUUCCCUGCUCUAACUAUGCCCACUUGUCUUGCUGAAGCCCCCGGGUAGCCAACGCUGCCUAACCCAUUUAGCUGAAGACGACUGCGCAUAGUUGGGCCAGUGCCUCCUCCUCCUCCUCCUCCUUUUACUCCACCGCCACCUCCUGCUCAGCAUGGCAGCUGGAAAGCUCAACAAACGGUACUUAGGGGAUCAGCAGCAGUAACAGCCGUUGCCGCAGCAUCCCACACGAAGCUCCUCCUCCAGCUCGAUGCUGCGUUUAGUGAACCGUAAUUUAUGGAAAUUUAAAGAA